AUGUUUAAACUGUUGAUAACACUUCUUUCAAUACAUAUAUCUCUAAGUGUUGCUGCUACCUUCAACAACUAUAUUGCGCCUCAGUUCAGUGAUGAUGCGACUGACUAUGAUGACCCGAAUGAUGAAACAUUGUUUUCAGAUGACGAGUUUCCACUAUUUCCAGGAGAGAAGGAUCUCAUAAAAGAUAUCUCUAAGCCGAAUUCUCCAAAAGAGUCAAAACCUCAAACAUCGUUUGGACAAGACCCUGAUAACGAAACACCUAAGCCGGCAUAUGGAACAAACCGAUUUACUCCACGCACAGAAUCUCCUAAAGUAAAUUCUGUGCCAUCAGGAAUCGAUCCAUGGAGUCCUGGUAGAACUCAAAAGCCAACUUGGCAAGACGAUAGUAGUCUACUGAUAACUAGGAAACCAGCUACAAGAGCAUAUUCUAGAUACCAACCUUCUUCUUACGGUGCAACAGAGUCAAACUCUGAUCCAGGGGCAAAUUCCGCUUUACCCUCGGGUCCAUCGAGUAGUUAUCAGCCAGGCUAUUCAAGAUUUUACUUCACUCGAAGCCCGGUAACACCUAUAAUCAAUCCUUCAGCCCCGAGUAACCCACCUUCUCUUACAACCGGCUCCACAUCAAACCGCGUCAUUGACCUCACCGACCCCAUUAUUCGAGACGCUACUGGUCAGCAUAUCGCUUCGGAAUCCCAAGCCAAUCAGUUCUACAUCUUGGGCCAAGUAUCUGGAUGCCGGUUGACCAAAACUGACAAACACAUGCACACGUUUAGCCAUUCAGCGGCGACCUAUCGCAACUCCAGAGUUUCCGGAGUAACUGCGGAGGCUACUCCGGAACUAGGAACUGGACUGACCUUCUACCUGGUCCAGCUGCCCAACGGAGAACGGGUUGUGCGGAUUGCCACCAGCGAGGAAACAGCGGGACGAGUUACGCUCAAAUGGUAUACUUGUGAUCAAGCUAAAACGCGAGUUGGUUACCAGUAGAAAUUUGUUUUGGUCGAAUACACAGCUAAUAAUAAAAUGAUAUUCUCGAAAAAAAAUGAUUAAAUGGAAAAGAGUAGGCUUAUGCCAAUCCGACAA